UGCACUAGCUUCUUGAAAUUGGACGAGGAGAUUCAGUUAGCACUUGGAUUUACCUUUGAAAUUUGACCUCUGACGUCUGGUAACAUAGUGCAUUUAGUGAAGAGAUGGUUACGUCUGAAUACCAGAAUAGAACUCUUUCACGACUAGACAUUGUAUCCGAAUAGCUUUCAUUUUACAGGAUGAUUGAUUUGCUGGGUUCCUAAAUUUCCUUUUGACACUAAGUGAUUCUUGGUUGUAAGUUCUUGCCAUUGAUCAGUGUGCUUACUUAGAGGUAACUUGUGCAUAUUCAAUUAGCAAGUGUUCUGCUCCUAUGAUCCCAAAUGAAAGUCAAGUUGUAUUACCCUUCUCCUACUAAGUGGCUGCUCCUAAUAUGACUUUUACACUAAUGACUAUUACACUAAUUCUGGAAUUCACGAAAUGUGAUGAAAUUCAAGCUGUAUUGAUUCUGGAAUUGAAGAGUAGCUUCCAUAGAGGGUAACGAAAUAGAGUUUGCUGUCUUCUUUAGUAAUUUUUUUUUGCGUCCUCUUUAGGGUUUGUACUCAGUUUGAUUCUUUUGCUUUUGGUUUCUGUGACUACCACCAUGAAUGAUGCAAUACUAGUUUCAUUGAUUUUUACCCCAUCUCUUAGUAAAUGAACUAGGCACCUAUACGGCUUAUAUGCAUAUGCCUCUAAUCUAGCGUGAAAUCUUUUCAUUGCUUGUUAAUUGAUUAGUGUACUGUUGGAUUCAGUGGGUUGUGGAUGGUGAAUAUGUGGAUUUUAAUUGUCUCUAAACUUCAUUUUGUUGGUUGUUUUCAGUUGAUCAACUAUGGAAGGGUUGAUUGAUGAUAUGAGCACAGGCAAGGACACGAGAAUUGACUUGAAUGUUGGUUUAGAUUGGGGAAUGGAUUAUGGAGAUGAUACCGAUGGUGUUAGAGAUAGUGACGAUAUGGAGGACAAUGUCGACACCAGCGAUAGUGAUUCUGAGGAUGAUAAUAACACUAACAUUGGCGAUGAUGAUAAGGAGAACAUCUCAUAUGAGCAUUUGCACAGCUUCAAAACACAUCCACAUAGCUCAUAUGCACCUCUACACAAAGAUGCUGCAAAUCCAGCCAAGGCUCCACCGUCCUCGAGUAUGUAUGACUGGACCCUGCUUGAUAAAGUCGGGAAUGAGAAGCCGUAUGCUAAAUGGGAUUCAGAUGAUGUAGUGGGUUAUGAGUUUGAAACCCUUGUGGAGGCUGGCAAGUUUUAUUCAACUUAUGGUUGUGCCAUGGGAUUCAGCGUACGAAAGAACACUCACACAUAUUCAAAAUAUGGAGUUAAAAAUAUGUAGCGAUGGGUUUGCUCACGCGAGGGGGAGCGUCAGCCAGUGCACAAUGACAAGGAGAACAAAAAGCGUGAACCUAGGCCUGUAACAAGGCUCCAUUAUCCGGCUGCUUUCAAAGUCAGUUUUGUUGAGGUAACUAAUCGAUUCAAGAUGAAGCAGUUUGUACCAACACAUUUUCAUCACUUAGAUGGAGCACAUGAAGUGCAGUUUUUGAGUUCUCAUCACAAGGUAGAUGACGCAAGUAAGGCUCAGAUUCGAUCACUUAGGGCUGCUGGUGUUCGCACCAAUCAAAUCAUGGAUUAUCU